UGGUUGGACUACUAUAUGUGUAGGUUUGUAUUGUAGAGUUUGUGCUAAACGUGAUGCAUUCGGUAAAGGUUGGUUGGGUGGGGCAAACAUUUGCCCUUGCAAAGCGUAACGAAUCCGAUGGGAGGAAGUCUCGGAUUCGACGUUCAAAGGAGGAAAGAAAGGCAAUGGUUGACACCUUCAUUAAAAAGUACCAAGAGUCGAACAAUGGGAACUUUCCAUCUCUUAAUCUUACCCACAAAGAAGUUGGCGGCUCCUUUUACACAGUACGAGAGAUAGUCCGGGAUAUAAUUCAAGAAAAUAGAGUGUUAGGUCCUGCUAAGUUCGCUUUACAGGAGCUAACUUCAGAUCAUUUUUAUGAACUCAAUCCAUUGGGUUCAAUUGCCACAGAUCCUCAAUCUGUUUUGGCUGCAUCUUCAAGUAAAGUUCAUCUUGAAGAAAGCAACAUUAUAGAUACAACUGACAAGAAGCUUUGUGCUUCUGAUGAGUAUCAUACUAGAGCUGAGCAUCGGGAGGUUGACAAUGGGCAAGUCAUUAAUGUUAGCCAGGUAGACAUCAUAAACAAGGAAACCAUUGAAUCUACUGUUGUAUCUGAUGGUUCUCAUGGUGGAUUUGAGCAUCAAGUGGUUGAUAAAAACCAUAUUACAGAAGGUAGUCAGGUAGAUGAGGCUGACAAUGGAGUUGGUGAAUCUACUGUUGUUUCUGGCGAGCCUUAUGAUGGAGCUGAGCAUCAGAUUGUUGACAAGGAGAAAGUUAUAAAUGGUAGCCAGGUGGAUAUGACAAAGAAGGGAUUCAGUGAAUCUUCGAUUCCUGAGGUGCUGGUAAAAGUAAACCCUGUGACAGAAGACUUGACAGUAGAGACAUUUCCAAUAAAGCCUGUUGCUAGUACUAAUGAUGGAAUAGAAGUUCUUGGAGAGUUGAGAGACUCGAGUAAUUCACCAGAGAAUAAUAUAGAAGUGUUGGAAUUGGAAGGACACCAGGAGGGGUCUGAAUUAAAUGGUAUAGAGACCCCAAAGACUACUAGUUUAGUGGAUGAAAAAAUUGAGGAUGGUGUUAAAAAUCAUUUAUUAAACAACACUGUUCAAGAUGAAGUGAAAAGUUUAGGAGGGACAUUGGUGGAAAGCACAGAGCAGUCAACCCACCAAGAAACAUUUAGUCGUGAAUCAGAAGUUUGCACUGAACCUCAAGUUCAAGUAUCGCACCAUAAUACUACCUCUGAAGCCAUUAACCAAAACCAGCUGGUGGAUGGAGCUAAGGCAAGCAUUCAAGAUGAUACCCAAGCCAAAAGCAUGACUGGUACUUGUUAUGAGAAAUCUCAACUAUCAGAGGAAGGUUUGCAGAAAGUUAACAAACUCAAAGUUGAUGGGGAAAUUGCUGGCAAUUCCCAGGGAAGAAGCAACACUACUUUAGAUAGGAUCAACCUAGAAUCAUGGGACGGAACACCUAAGAAUUCUGCAAAGCAAGAAACCAACCCUCUUGUAGCCAUCUUUAAAGCUAUUGUUGAUGCUUUUGUGAAACUUUGGUCGGAAUGAAGAUUUUACCACCAGUUUGUCUUUUCUUUUUCAUUGUUUCUUGAGCUUUGGUAAUUUUGGAGAGUGAUGUUUUGUAGCUGUUAGAGAGUGAUGUUUUGUUUGGUAGAAUCCGCACGAAUGAAAUGACAUGUCCUCUUGACGAAGUUAAUCUCCUUUUCAAUUUACUCCUUUUCAACUUAACCAAUCAAAUGCACCACGAUGUUUCAUGGUUGAAAUUAGCAGUUAUAACAAAGGUGAGUUGUA